CUGCGCUGUACCGGCGUCAGCUCUGGCGGCUACUCCCCGGGUUACUGAAGCUGGUUUCGGUGUAGAUUUUUGCGCACGUUUGGGUCAGGCCCAGUGGUGUUAAGUGUACAGAAAAAUGGAGUAUAUGACGGAACCCGUCAAGCACACACCUGGACAUAUCUUGUGCUGCGAUUGUGGUGUCCCAAUUAGUCCAAAUCCUGCUAACAUCUGUGUGGCUUGUCUGCGAAGCAAAGUAGACAUCAGCCAAGGCAUUCCGAAACAAGUCUUUAUAUCUUUCUGCAAACAAUGCCAAAGGUAUUUCCAGCCGCCAGCAACUUGGGUACAGUGUGCAUUAGAAUCCAGGGAUCUUCUUGCUUUGUGUUUGAAAAAAAUCAAAGCCCCUCUGAGUAAGGUACGGCUUGUAGAUGCAAGCUUUGUUUGGACUGAGCCUCAUUCUAAGAGACUUAAAGUUAAACUGACUGUUCAGAAAGAGGUGAUGAAUGGUGCCAUCCUUCAGCAAGUGUUUGUGGUGGAUUAUGUUGUUCAGCCCCAGAUGUGUGGAGAUUGCCAUAGAGUGGAAGCUAAGGAUUUCUGGAAGGCUGUGGUUCAAGUCAGGCAAAAGACUUUGCACAAAAAAACUUUCUACUAUCUGGAACAGUUGAUUUUGAAGUAUGGGAUGCACCAGAAUACACUUCGUAUCAAAGAGAUUCAUGAUGGUCUGGAUUUCUAUUAUUCCUCAAAACAACAUGCUCAGAAGAUGGUAGAAUUUCUUCAGUGUACUGUCCCCACCAGAUACAAAGCCUCACAGAGACUGAUCUCUCAGGAUAUCCAUAGUAAUACAUACAAUUACAAAAGCACUUUUUCUGUGGAAAUUGUUCCAAUAUGCAAGGAUAAUGUUGUUUGUCUGUCUCCAAAACUGGCACAAAGUCUGGGAAACAUGAACCAGAUUUGUGUGUGUAUUCGAGUAACGAGUGUCAUCCACCUCAUAGAUCCAAAUACCCUACAAGUUGCAGAUAUCGAUGGGAACACUUUCUGGAGUCACCCUUUCAAUAGUUUAUGCCAUCCCAAACAACUGGAGGAGUUUAUUGUUAUGGAGUGCAGCAUAGUCCGAGAUAUAAAGCGCAGUGCAGGUGCUGGAAUGAUAUCAAAAAAGCAUACCCUCGGGGAAGUCUGGGUACAGAAAACAUCUGAAAUGAAUACAGAUAAACAGUAUUUUUGUCGCACUCAUUUGGGACAUCUUCUAAAUCCUGGAGACCUGGUGUUGGGGUUUGAUUUGGUCAACUGUAACUUAAAUGAUGAGCAUGUCAACAAAAUGAAAUCAGAUAGAGUCCCAGAUGUGGUAUUAAUCAAGAAGAGCUAUGACCGUACCAAACGUCAGCGUCGUAGGAACUGGAAACUGAAAGAGCUUGCAAGAGAUAGAGAAAACAUGGAUACAGAUGAUGAAAGGCAAUACCAAGAUUUCCUUGAAGAUCUUGAAGAAGAUGAAGCAAUUAGAAAAAAUGUGAACAUUUAUAGAGAUUCAACCAUUCCUGUGGAAAGUGACACAGAUGAUGAAGGAGCACCUCGAGUUAGUCUGGCUGAGAUGCUUGAAGACCUUCACAUUUCUCAAGAUGCCACUGGUGGCGAGGGUGAAUCGAUGAUGACCUGAGAUCAUGUUGUAUGUGGUUUCCGCAUCGGUAGGGUCAGGAUGUUGGACAGAAUACUGUCACUGUCUGUUCUGUCUAUGCCUUCACAUUGAGAGAAGAGAAAUUUAGUUUUAAACCUGAGUAAAUGCAACUAUUUCAGUUGCUCACUUGAAGAACUAAAAAGUUGAUGGCUUUGAAGUUUUAGAUAAAAAAUUAUGGAGAAAGGAAUUAUUACUGAAAUUUAGGCCAUUAACAAAUAGAAGUUUAUUGGCUUGCCUUUUUUAUGAGACAUUAGUAUUUUCAUAUAUUGUAUAGCUGUGGCUUUAAAAGCUUGCGAGUUGUGAUUCCUUGGAGGUUACCUAAACCUUCAAGCACUAAACAUGCUUUUACAUUCUUUUUAUAUUGAUUGGUUUAGUGGAAGAGCAUAUGAAAAGUCAUUUUUAGUAUGAACUUAUAGGGCACUUUAAUCUACUUUAGAUCAUUUUUAUAUCCUUGAGAUAGGAAAAUUGGGGGUUCAGUUUAUAAUUGGACAUUCAGUAGGAAAGUUGCCUUUUUUUAUUUAUAAUAUUUACAUCUUCAAAAGCUGUUAAGCUGGGGAUAAUCUUACUUUUUGUUGCAGAAGAAUGUAUAGUUAAAAUAUUUACAAAUUAUAUAGCAAACAGAGUAUUGAAAGGUUAAAUAAUAAUUUAUCCCUUAAUUGUUUUGGUCUGUGCCAGCAACUUAGUGUUGUAGCUGCUUAUGUUAUACAAAUGUCUUCGUGUCUCUACAAGGGUUUUGCUUUUAAAAUUUUGGUUUACAAAUUGAGAAGGAAUUCUGUCUUUAUAAGUUUGUUUCAUUGAACACAUCACCAUCAAAAAGAAUGUUAGAAUCCAGCAUAUGGAUGAUGAAAUAAUAUAAGUGAUCUUCUUGCUUUAUAAAACCAUGAAUCAGAUUUAAAUAAGAAAUACCUUUCAUAUCCUUGAAGGGAAGGCAUUGGUUUGGUUUUUAAAGUGUUCCGAAAAUGAAGGUUUAAGAUCCUAUUUCUAUAAGUAAGAUAACUGAGCAUGCCAGAACUAAGAGCCAGCUCAUAAAUUCUAUAUACAUCACUAAAUAAGGAAACUGAGUAAGUGCUGAAUGGAACACUUUCCUAUUUAAGAUUUGACUCCUUAAUCCUGAAGUUAUGAAUAAAGCCUUGUUCUUUCUAAAGUGACUAAUUUUCUGUCCGCAUAUUUAAAAUUUUUACCUGUGGUCUGUCUGUAUCUCUUCUAUGUCAGGACUUCAAAAAGCAUGAAAAUAAAAACAAUCUC